UUGUUCAGAUAUUUUUUUUUUUGUCUUGGUAACAGUUUCCAAAGAGAGACGACUCUGAACAUUUCAUCAGCCCAAAAAAAAAAAAGAGAAAACGAAGAAGAAAGACGAUUUCUCGAAGAAGCUAUGGCGGAUCAACUCACUGACGAACAGAUCUCCGAAUUCAAGGAAGCUUUUAGCCUCUUCGACAAAGAUGGCGAUGGUUGCAUCACAACCAAAGAACUGGGUACAGUUAUGCGUUCACUAGGACAGAACCCAACAGAGGCUGAGCUCCAAGACAUGAUCAACGAGGUUGAUGCAGAUGGUAACGGCACCAUCGACUUUCCCGAGUUUCUGAACCUGAUGGCUAAGAAGAUGAAAGACACUGACUCAGAGGAAGAACUAAAAGAAGCAUUCAGGGUUUUCGACAAGGACCAGAACGGUUUCAUCUCCGCUGCUGAGCUACGCCAUGUGAUGACCAAUCUUGGGGAGAAGCUAACUGAUGAAGAAGUUGAAGAGAUGAUCCGUGAGGCUGAUGUUGAUGGAGAUGGUCAGAUUAACUAUGAGGAGUUCGUCAAGAUUAUGAUGGCUAAGUGAUUUGAUAAAAGGUGAUGAUGAUGACCUUUUAUAUGCUUCUAGGAGUUUUAACCAAGAACAUUUGCAUGAUUGGUGGAAAUAUGCUGGAAUUUGAGACAUUAUUUGUUUUUCGUUUUCUUUUAUUUUCUGCUUUGCGACUUUUGUGUGUAAUGGAAAUCAAAGUAAGUUGGAUUGAAAUCGAUGGGUUUGGGUUUUACUUUUUGCCACA